AUGGGCUCGCCCAGCCCCGCGGAUGCGGUGGACCUCGAGGACGACGCCGCCGCGGCCACGCGCCGCCUCGUCCCGGCCGCGGGGCGGGGGCCGCGGGCUCGCCUGGUGCCUUGGAGGCUGCUGCUGAGCGUCGUCGUGGUGCUCGGCGUGCUGGCGACCGCGCUGGCCUUCUCGGAGCACCCGAUGGCCAAGGCGGCGUCCAUGAGCGCCCGCGAGACGCUGCAGGAGACCAAGGGCCACGGCCACGGCCACGGCGUCGAAGGAGCGGCGCGCGCCGCCGCCGCGGACGGCCCGGGCCUGCUGUCCAUCGGGCCGGACUGCAGCGGGGACGGAAACGGCUGUGACUUGGGCGCCAGCAUCGGCAGCAUGCCCGAGGCGCGCAAGAACAGUACGGGCAUGCGCGAGCCCCACACGUAG